CACACACACACUCGACGUACUUCGGCGCGAGGAAGUGUAAAUAACGUAGUGCACGACUACCCGAAGGACUACCCGGCGCCUACCCCGCGAGAAGCGCCCGCGGUGCCUGCUGACGACGCGCGUACCAUGGACUCGUAGGGGGACCCGUCCAAUCCCACCGACGAACAUCCCGCUCUCGUCGCCGAUUCCACUCUCUUCCGACAAUAUGGACGAGAACCUGAGCCGGGGAUACGUCCAGCUGGGCAAGGCCAGAGGCGUCAACGACUUCAACUUCUCUAAGGGGCUCAAGCACCUCUCGCCGCCCAUCGACAACUACAACUUCAUCUAUGUGGCCCUGACAGUCGGCGGCGUAGGAUUCCUCUUGCCCUAUAACAGCUUCAUCAUAGCGGUGGAUUAUUUUCAAGAGAGAUAUCCGGGAACUACCGUGAUAUUCGAUAUGUCUGUCGUUUACAUUAGCGUAGCUUUCAUGGCGGUCUUUGCGAACAACAUCCUGGUGGAGACCUUCUCGCUGAAUACGCGGAUCACAUUUGGAUAUUUCGUAUCCUUCAUCACUCUGAAUAUUGUGCUGAUCUUCGAGGUAUGGUGGGAGCUCUUCGGCAAUGCGAUUUCUUAUAAGAUGAAUCUAGUCGCCGUUGCAAUAGUGUCGCUCGGUUGCACAGUUCAGCAAUCAAGCUUUUAUGGGUACACGUCCAUGCUUCCUAGUCGAUAUACCCAAGCUGUAAUGACCGGAGAAAGUAUCGCCGGCUUCUGGGUAUCGAUUACUCGGGUGAUAACGAAAUCGUCGUUCAACAAUGAACGUUACAAUACGUCCAUAUUCUUCAUGUUGUCCAUCUUUACGAUCCUGAUGUGCUUCGUGCUGCAUCAAGCAGUGCGAAAGAGCGACUUUGUGCAAUUCUACAUAACGCUGUGUCAGGAGAAAAAUCGGAUCACAUUGGAACCGACAGAGGAUGUUGGCCUGAUGGAUCCGUUAGACCAAAUCGGUGAUCCCUCGAAGGGUCAAUACGGAGUGCUAAAGAUUCAGACGAGUCCAUUGGGACCAGAAUCCGCGAAUGGAAGCGCUGACUUGAAUGCGUCCGGACAGUAUUCUGCGUUCUCGUUCAGCAAUCCAGUGUACGAACCUAGUGCCCCGUCGGGCAAUCCUCCUGGUAGCGCCGGGCCGACUUACAAAGUCGAAGAUGUUGUAGUCAUGCGAGGAGCCUGCGGAACGCAGAGCACAGGCAAACGGUGGUCUGGUAUCAAAAGAGGCCUGCUCGCGAGGCUCGAAGUCAUCAAGCUGAUCUUUCCGUACAUGAUCAGUAUCGCGCUUGCCUAUUCCGUGACGCUCUCUCUCUACCCAGGAAUCGUGUCGGAAAUAAUAUCUUGCAAACUCGAAUCGUGGAUGCCGAUUGUUCUGAUGACCACUUUCAACGCCUCCGAUUUACUCGGCAAGAUUAUUCCGCAGAUGUUCACUCUGAUGCAUUACACGUGGAAACACACGCAUGUGCUGUGGAUCUCCGCCACGCGUGCCCUGCUUAUUCCUCUGUUUCUGUCCUGCGCGAUUCCACGCGACGGUCCAAUCCUCUCCGGAGAGAUACAUUCGAUUUUACUGUCCUGGGCGCUCGGCCUCACCAACGGUUUAGUCGGUUCCAUACCCAUGAUUCAAGCACCCAGCAAGGUACCGGAGGAACAUCGGGAACUCGCAGGUAACAUCAUGACCCUGUCGUACACCGGCGGAUUGACCAUCGGAUCUAUAUUCGCUUAUCUGGUGGACGCCCUCCUCGGACCACCGUUGCAAGCCAAGGAUGUGUGCUCGAAAUUGGUGAAUACUCCGACGACGGUGAGCGCGAUUGGCAAUGCGACCGUGAGUGUCCUGACUACCGCAAUAUCCUCUACCCUCCCCGCCAUCGAGAGGACCACGAUGAUGACCACGAAGCUGAGGACCGCUGGCAUAUUGACCACGGUUCUGACGUCAACGUUAUUGUCGAACAGCACCAUGAGCCUGUUGACCGCGACCGGAUCAUUGGACGCGUCGACGACGGCCUUGCCCAAGAUCCUGGCUAAUGCUACUGUCUCGGCGAGUAAUGCGAUCCUGCAACAGUAAAAUGCACAUGUUGUGCACUAUGUUGAAUCUGGUAUUGACAUAUGAAUGAAAGAAAAAGAGAGUGUGUGUGUGCGUGUGUGUAUGUGUGUAAAAGAAGGUGAGCUUAAAGUUGAAAAGGGCAAGGUGAGACAUUUUAAAUUGGUUGAUCUUUUAUUGUAGAACGAUGCAAAAGGAACGGCCGAUUUCUCGUUUCAAAACUUACCGUCGUCGAUGCGUGCUGCGUUAUGUCACUUCGCAACUUGUAUUCUUUGCGCGACUGUGCAUCGUCAGGAACGAUAAGCAUUGCGAAAAGAGCACCGAGUAAAAAGUAAGCUUCGUGAGAGCAUCGUUGCACAAUGCGAGUACUUAAUUUCACAUUUAACAAUGAGGGGGAACAAAAGGCGAAAUCGUCCGUUAUUUUUGCACCAAGUCACCAUGAUAAAAGUAAUUGUAAUUCUUGUUAGAUAUUCGGCGUGCAAUUUCGGUGAGAGUGCUUCCGCAUUGCUCUCUCCGUUUCGAAACACGGUAGGAGGAACGUCGGUUCGAAUGAAGGUCGGAUUUUAUAUUUUGCUUUGGCGCAGAAAUCCCCGUUGCAAUUGCUCGAUAUCGCAUUCGUCGGUAUUAUCCGUUUACGCGUGAUUACUGCACGACGCACCUUUCUCGGUUUUUGCACCAAUAUCGCCAAAAUUCAACACGACGACGCACAAAGGGGUUGCGGCUGAUCGAAGUAUCGCUCUUACCGGGACGAGGUCGAGGGCCGAUCUGCGAGAGAUACGCGAGAUUACGCGCGUAUUCCUUUUCCAUUAGGAUUGUUGCGUGCCUUUCGCGCUGGUUUUGCCAAUCAGCGAACCGCUUUUCCGUAUGCACUUGAGGGUGAUAAGAGGAUGGAGUCGUUGGUGAUAUUCUUUCCACUUAUUCCGGUACGUUGACUCGCGCCUUCGUUGUUGUCUCAUGUUUUUCGGCGUGAUUACCGGGUAAGAGAAGCGUUAUCGAGUGAUACAUUAGUUAGUAGGGACAGUGCGAGUCGGCCGAGAACGCGAAAUCUGUCAAUGAUCCUCAAUGACAGUCUUCCCCGACGCGCGACAGACUGCGUUAGGUCGCUAUAGAUUGAUUGACGAUCGGGAAAUUUUGAUCGAUAACAAGUUACCGCGCUGUGCUUAUAUUCUGCACCGUCGAGUAUGCAGUCCGUCUUAGUCCCGUGUAUCGGUAGUCAUUACUUAAACUGAUCUCAAGUGAGAUUCCAUUUGGAAUGAGAUACGAGAUUUUCAGUCGAAUCACGAUUACAAAUGUAACGUCACAUUCGUAUCGUAUAAUUCAACUGUAAAACUCGGAACUAAUUUUGUACUCGGAUCUGAGUAUCUCAUAUGAGAUAAAUUUCAAGUAACAACUAUUAAUCCUUCGUUUGCGUAUUCGAUCUUUGAGACCUAGUAACUUUUCUGGUACGCUCUUAUUUAAAUAUCUAUAAAUUCUUUUACCUAAUAUACACAAAUAUCAUAGUUUUGAAUGUGCGAAAAGUAGAUUGGGAGAAUUUGUCGUUAUCAUCGUUUUCAAAAUACAUAAUUUAAGAUAUGAGAGAAGAUGGUAUGUUGAUUCCACAUAGAAAAAAAAAGAAAUUUUGGAUGAUUUAAGAAAAAAGUGUCCUGUGUUUAUACAUAUACAAUAAUUCGAGAUUUAACUGUAGGUCCUUAAUUUUUCUCUCGAGUCCAUUUGAUCCACAAUCCAGCAAGAAAUAAACCAUCGAAUCGACAUCAAAUCGAGACAAUCAAAUACUAUCAAAUUAACGACGAAUGUACGUCGAUUUGAUAUCUAUUCGAUGUUCAUUUCUUGCUGGAAAGUGCCAAACUAGGAUCGAUACGGGUUUAAUAUACGUCUCGGUACACGGUGUGCGAAUAUAGCCGAUAUGCGUUAUUUACUGUAAAAAUACGUAUAUUUAUACGAUACGUGUAUACUUUUCAAAUGAGAAAGAUCGACUCUCUCUCUCUCUCUCUCUCUCUCUCUCUCUCUCUCACCCAAAUAUCUUUUCCUUCCCCUCCAGCUUUGUUCGCAUUACCUGCUCAAGACAUAUCUCCGGUGUUAUGUAGGAAAUUAUAAUCAAAGUCUGUAAUAUUAAGAUGUAAUAAACCCAAAAAAAAAGAAUAAGAAAAAGCGCAACGUUACGAGGAAACAUAAUAAACUCGAUCGAUGCGGCAGUGAGCCGCGCGCGACGCAUAACGUGGACUAGCGCAUAGGAAAUGUGCAUUGUUCGUUAUAUGUUAUAUUUUUCAUUCUAAUGUCCUAAUUCGCGUACAAUGUAUCAGACGCGAUACGGCGUGGCCGGCUCUGCCGUUGACUCGAUGCUGAGAAAUCGAAGGAUAACGCAGCCGACCGUUCGCGGCGCUCCCAUGAUCGAUCGAUCUCUCGCGCGCUCGCUUCGACGAGCAUGGUCCGACAUUCGAACCCCUCCGAAAUUUUCGGGAGAUGUGCGAUCUUACUGUGAUCAAUCACGGCAGAGAAAUCACGCCGUAUCGAAAUUAGUUAAUAUAUACAAACAAUAAAUAUAUAUGUAUAUAAUA